UUCAGGCGAGUGAUUUAUCCAUUAGUUUAUCCAUUCGCUUUCUCCAAGAGAUCUUGAUAGUUACGGCUAUGGCGGCUGCGAAUAAACAACAAGAUGAUGUUUUCGAUGACCUGAACUACGAAAUUUGGGUUCGAAUCGCGAAAACUACACUAACGGAGAAAGGACUUUGGGAUGUUGUCGAGAACGGAGUACCGCCAGAUCCAUCGAAGAUUCCAGAGUUAGGGGCGACGAUCCAACCCGAAGAAAUUUCGAAAUGGAGAGAUCUGGCGAUGAAAGACAUGAAAGCGCUCCAGAUUUUGCAGUCUUCUCUCACGGAUUCAGCUUUCAGGAAGACUCUGUCUGCUUCUUCGGCCAAAGAUCUUUGGGAUUUGCUCGAAAAAGGUAACAAUGAACAAGCUAAGCUACGUAGGUUAGAGAAGCAAUUCGAAGAACUUACUAUGGAUGAAGCAGAACAGACAACUUCCUACUUAGAUAAAGUCAUAGAAAUCGCUGAACAGUUGCGUCGUUUGAAAAAUGGGAAAUCUGAUUAUCAGGUUGUCUCCAAGGUGUUAGGCUCGCUCUCUGAGUCGCAUGAGGAUUUAGCUACGCUAUUAGAGGAGCGCUCGGAUCUGAAGAAAAUGACUCUUAAGAGUCUUGCUGUGGUUUUUAACAGAUAUGAAUCACUAAAGAGAGAGAGUCAAAGCAGGAAUCCGAAUGACUUACCAGUGUAUGAAGUGAAUUCAGUCACUCUUGCACAUGAGACAUUUGAUGAGGAUAUGUGGACGAUAUCCAGCGGUACCACGAAUCACAUGACUCCAUAUCUGAAGUUUUUCACCACUCUAGACAGAACACACAGGGCUCGGGUGAAAUUGAUCAACGGAUCAUUUAUCAUGGCAGAAGGUCGAGGAGAUGUCAAGAUCCUGACGAAAGAAGGGAAGAAGAAGACGAUCAAGAAUGUGCUUUUCGUUCCGGAUCUCUACAGAAACGUGUUGAGUCUUGGUCAGCUGGAACAAUUAGGCUACAUGAUGAUAACUAGUGGAAACAAAUGCAUUCUUAAGGGUGAGAAGACUGGGAAAGUAUUUGGGGAAACCGUGACGGAUGGGAGAGGUUAUUUUAUGCGUUAUCAGGUGAUUGAAGGUAAUCUCACUUCUUAACGAGCUGCUUUGCCACUAUGAAUAAAUUUGGUAGUAGACUUCACUUAACUAGUAAGGUGUGGACAAAUCAAGUCUUUUAUGUGUUUGUUCCAUUUUCUCUAAGUUUGUUCAUCUAAGAAAAGCUGAUUCAUAUUUUGAUGUUGUAGUAUGAAUUAGUCUGUUCUUUUAACUUAAGACGGCUUGGUUUGGUUUUAAUCUAGUAGUCAAAAACUAUGUUCUAUAUUCACAAUGCAGUGCUUUUGUCAA